UAUAAUGACGCCUCUUUGCCUUGGUUUCUGAUUUCAAUGCCGCAGUACCCCCGCCAAUGGCAGAGACAAUGCUCUAGCGGUUGCCAUGGAGACCGCGGAGCCGCAGUGCAAAGAAAGCAAUGACGUCACUGCCGGAGCAAGUGCAGCCGCCACCAUCACAUCCUGGUCUUUAACUCUGUCACAGGGCACGUGAGGGCGACCUCUGGGCCAGCAGUGAGAGGCGACCAACUCCAACCUGCCAAGUCGCCACCCACGGCACUCAGGGUGACAAUAGCAGCAGGGAGACUAGCGGUCUCGGGUCCACAGAGAUUGUCAAGGCCACCACCAGUUCAGGGGAGUCUGCAUCAUAAAACUCUCCUGGGAGAGGCCUUGCCCAGGACCUGGGAGCCACGACCGCCCAGCUCCAAUUCUGUGGCCCAUGUGAGUUGCUAGCAACUUCCAAGCGUGAGCUCAGAGGGAGCAGGCUGCAGAAGACUGGAUUCCCCUUGACUGAGUUGGACCGGUUGGGUCUAUUAGUAGUAGCCUCGCCCUUGAGGCCUCGUUUUCUCAUCACCCUCAGAAACAGCUCUCGGCACCCUGGAUCCUUCCGUGGGUUCUCGAGGCAGCUCCACCGCGCAGCUGCGCGCAUACAGCUGCCUCAAGGAGCUGGGCAAGAUGGUAUUUGGAGCCCAGGACAUUGCGUUGUUAGAACAUGGAUGCAAGGCCUUGGAGGUGGACAGUUACAAGUCCUUGAUGAUCCUGGGGAUCCCAGAGGACUGUAGCCACCAAGAAUUUGAAGACAUCAUACGCACUCCCCUCAAACCACUGGGCAAGUUCGAAGUGGCUGGGAAGGCCUACCUAGAGGAAGAUAGAUCCAAGGCGGCUAUCAUUAGGUUGGCCGAGGACCUCAAUUACGACGUGGUUCCCAGGGAGAUCAGGGGCAAGGGCGGCAUGUGGAGGGUGGUCUACAUGCCCAAAUGGCAGGACAUCGAAUUCCUCACCAAGCUCAAUUUGUUCCUGCAGAGAGAGGGCAGGACGGUAGAGGAUGUGGCUCGCAUUCUCAGGCGGGAGCUGUGUCCCACCACAGCAGGUCCUGGAGAACUCCUUUCCAGGAAGUGCUGCCUGUCUCCGCAGGGGGAGGAGAAUGCAGACAAGGGGCCACCGCCCCCGGGGCAUGGGAUGCCCCCUCUAGAGGACCCAGGGAAGGAGAGCAAGGCUGAAGAGGGCAAGAAGGGCAAGAAGAAAAAUAAGAAAAGUCGGCGCCGACAGCAGGCUUCUGAUAAGAAGCUGUGAGCUGGAGACGUGCAUGUGUUUCCCGGCAUUUCUCAUAUGGCCACUGUGUCCGUGGCAAGCAACGUGGACCGCUACUAAAUGCUGCCCACGAAUCCAGAAUCCAGGAGCCCAUUAUCCUUGGGAAGUCGUUGGGACCAGGUGACGUUUCCUGACAGGGCACUGCAGAUGGUCAUGAAACGGGAACGAUUUGGUACUUACCUGCAUCCAUGCUGCAGGUGUGAGGCAGAAAGCCCCAAGAAAAUUACUACAGCCUUCCCCCUAACCCCGUUUGAGGAGCAGGUUUACCCUUCUUUGUUCUUUGUGAUUGACACUCUACUGUAUAAAUAUAAACUAAUGAAAUAAAUGGAUGCUAAUGAAA